CCACCUCCGUCCUCAUCUUCGCGACGUCGCUGCUCCACCGCUGCUCAACCGCCUGCUGCCCCUAUGAAGGCCCUGGGACGCUGUCCCCGAGUGCGGCACAUCAAGUCGUUUAUUGCCCGGAAUCUAUGCUGGGAUGAAGCCAGCUGUGGCCCAGACGGCACAUCGUCUGAACCGAUCGCCCGGAGGCUUCCCAGCGGCCUCCUCGCAAAGUCCAGCUCGGUCAUGUCGCUGCCCUGGGGAACGGAGAAGGAAUCCAGCACACAUCUGCUCUUUCACAAUGCGCUGCAGACGGCCAGGGCAACGGCGCCCAGCCUCUUCGACGUAUACUUUACACUCUCCGCUGCCCCGGACGACUCGGAAUCGCCUUCCUUAGACCAGCAAAUCUUCUACACGAGCGAUAUCGUCCAUGGAACCAUGAAUCCCCAAUGGGACGCCGUCGAUCCGCUGGAGAUUUCGGUCCACGGAUUCCAGCAGACAAAGUUUCUGUUUCAGAUAUGGGCCAGGGAAAAGACGGCCAAGGAGUUUCGGCUGCUGAUAUCGUUCAGCGUCGAGCUCGACAAUCUGCAACUCGUGGGCGAGAACCUCUCCGCCGUCGAAAGCGAUCCGACGCCAAACUCGGUAUAUUUCUGGAUCGACCAAGGAUACUAUUCAUGUCGAACGGUGUCGGAAGCCUCUGAGGAGAGCUUUGACAAGAGCUUUUUCAAGGUCGACUCUCACAAAAUGCGCACAUCGUACAAUAUGGAAGGCGUUUUGAGGCUGCUUUCGAUCCAGAAAGAACUAUGGAACAUCCGAUGCCAAACGCACGAGCUGCUGGAAGACGGAGAGGAGUGGGCGUCCCACCAGGAGGCGCGUGGCCGGAAAAUCGCCGAAUAUCGGGACCAAAAGUCAAAAGUUCAAUAUCUGGAAGGAGAGAUCAUGGACUGCACCCAAGAGACACAAGCAGGCCAUGUGCGCAUCCAGGAGGCGAAGGAGCGGAUGGAGGAGCAAAGGAGGCGCAUCUCUCUUCUCAAGGAUCGUGAGAGCCAGGGCUACAGCGAGAUCGAGGCAUGCAAAGCCGAGCGCAACGUCCGGCUCGGUGAAAACUACAAGCUGAUAUACGCCGUCACCAAGCGCCAAAAGGAGUUGAUUCGGGAUCUGAGCAGCAUCUAUCCGAUCAAGCCGGCUGCCCAGCCCAUGCUUUAUACCAUCGGCGGAAUCCUCCUUCCAAACUCCGAGUAUACAGGAGCCAAUGAAAUGCAGAUCGCAACAGCGCUCGGAUACGCAGCACAUCUCGUCAUGAUGAUUGCAUUCUAUCUCGAGCUUCCAUUGCGCUACAGCAUCAAACCCAUGUCAUCGCGAUCGACGAUUGUCGAUCCGGUGUCGUCCUCUCUGGGCCCCCAUCCGGAGCAAUACGAGUUUCCGCUAUUCACUAAAGGCGUAGAACGCGUGCACUUUGACUAUGCGGUCUACCUGCUCAACAAGAACGUCGAGCAGCUCCUGAACUUCAUCAACAUCCAAGUUCCGUCAAAGCAGCUGCGGAACACCCUGCCCAACCUCCAGAUCUUGAUGGAUGAGAUUGCCAAUAUCAACAUCGACGACCUUGAAUUCUUUGGGCAGACGAGUCUGCCGGCCGCCUCAGGGCCAUCGCAGUCCCGGCCAAAGGGCUCCGUGGGGGCGCUGGCCGACCCAAGCGAUACCGAGAGUGCGUACAACUCCGACAGCAGCGACAACGACGAAGAUGACGGAUACUACGCCAGCGGCGAGUACUCGGAUGCCGCUUCUGCGCUGAUGCCGACCGCUUCGCUGGAGAACCCCGCCUUGUCGCUCUAUGCCUCCCUGGACCAAUACGAAUCGGAGACGGGAGAGACGGUGCACGCAUCCAAAGGCAAGGGCAGAGCAGCCACGUAGACUCUGAAUACAUCUCCCCUGGCAAGACAUCGAGCAAGCACUCGCUGUGUUUGGUCAGCGCGCUGGC